AUGGGAAGGGAAAACGACGUAAACGCCACGACAGCGCCAGGGGAGGGUAUCUGGGUGCCCACCUACCCUGUCCGGAUCCCCGGGCAGGGUGAGGAAGAAGCUCCCCGGGCCCCAACCGUCUGCCUUCGCCAGUUGGUCCCAUAUUUGGCGAUCGACUGUCUGUGCCCUGGCUGUGUUGUUCCGGAGCAACAGCGCGAGGAGACCUGGAUCUUCAUCCGCCGAGUAAGCGAAAGGGCCCCUUCCGGCUCCGUUCGUUCCUCCUCCUCCGGGCACGCGUCGCCGGCCCCGGUGACUCUCUUCCGCCCUGCCGCCUUGGGGCUGGUUGCCCCUCCGGGAGAUCAACCGCCCUCCCCAUUCACGAGGGCCUGUCGCCAGCCCUUCCAGUUGAGUCCGCCUGUUGUUCGUCAAUCACCCUCGCUUCCUCCACGGCCGCCCAUCGCUCCCGUUGGGACCGGGAGCCCGGUUCCGUGGGGUCGUGUGAAGGCUGACGAACCAGCUACAACUGCUCCCUGCCCGAGACCUCAGCAAUCAGCCUCACGCACACAAUCCGUCCCACCUCCGCAGCUUCGCCGAUCUACCGCGCAGUUCAGCAGUGCUCCCGAGCUACGGAACGCUGGUCGCCGCAACAACCAGGGUUCCCGUUAG